AUGCGGUCAUACAAUUGGCACGUUAAACUGUUUGAUGGCCCUAUUCAGCAAACUGGCCUGGGAAUAAUGGAUCAAAUCACGCCAUACCUAUCGAAGAACCUAUUGAUCGGGGCCGUAGAUGCCGUUUUAUCGCUUGCCGAUCAAGCGAAACAAGAAUCUUCGCGAGAGCCGUGCAGCUCCUCAGCGAUCAGACGUCCAAGCUUUGCUACUUUCGGAUCGGGAAGAAGCGCUGAAAGACCUACACGUGAAGAAGCAAUUAGUCAAGGUGCAAGCGCUAGCAUGGAAGAGCACCGACGUCUUUUUGGCUACCGUCCGGCAAAGGGUAUAGGCAAGAGGAGCAAGAACGUUCGUGGUGCCCGACGUAGGUGCAGCAUCAGCACGUGGAAGAAGGAUUGCAUUUGCCUUUGCGAUAAAGAGCAGUCGCUGAAACCUUCAUCCGAAGAGAAGAUUGAGCUAGCAAAGAUGGGAUUGGGUUUGGGAGAAGCGCUAUUCGAUGGAGAUGGCGAUGCGGAGCAAAUUCACCGUGUCUUACUAGAAAAGUUCCCAGCGCUUGAAGCUUGUGGGGGUAUACGCUUUUGCGUCUUGCUGAAAACUCCCACCACAUGGUUGAAAUAG